GCCUGCCUUUGAAAAGAAACAGUUUCUGGGGAUUUGUUUUUCUCUUUCUAGUUCUGGGAAUUAUUGUAGCAAAUUAAAUAACCUACAUGACCUGCCAGAGCUUGCUCACUUGUCCUUCAUUCACCCCCACUGGUUUUAAGCAGUAUUUUUAACUGCAGAAGGUGCUGCUGCUGAUAGCUGUACCUGGGAGAAACAGGCUUUCUGGGAACUGCACCUGCUCUCAUGUUGCGACAUUAAAGGACUGAAGUGGCCCCAGUGCACCGCUGUGGGAGACCUGACCUUACGCUGAUGCUUACAGGAAUAUCCUGAGUGCUGCAGCAGUCUGAGUUUGAAGUGGAAAGUGAGAAACCUCUGCCAGCGCCCUUGUUGUCGUACAACGGCUGCUGUAUGGUGUAUGAUGGGAUUGGGCCUGUAAUUCCUUUGUGCCUGAGGCUGAAGGAACAGCUGUGAAGAUUACCAGAUUAGCAAUUUGUUCCCCUCCAUUUUCCUUUCAGAAUUUUCCCCCUUGAGAUCAUGCUACAUUUUGCUUUGUGCUUGGCACUUCUUCUUAAUUAGUUUAGUUGGAUCAUUAGAUUAAUGUUGAGAAACAAAGGAAAUCCUUCCUUUUGCUGGUGCCAGCUGCCUCCACCUAUCCAGCCCUGAAAAUGGGAACAGCAAAAUUCAGCUUAUUUCUGGUGAAAAAAAAAGGGUUAUAUACUUAUCUGAAAGGAAGGGAAAAGUGAUGAUAAACUAGAGUAAGCAAACACUAAAAAAAAGGGGGGCUUUUAGUAACUUAGAUGCUGUAAAGGUUGUAAUAAAGGAGGCUGGUAAUAAAGGCUGCAAGUGUUUCUGGUCAAUGAAAGUCAAUGCUUUCAAGAGACUGAGAUUGCCCGUUUACAGGAAUAACUUGUGGCUAUGGAGUUCGUGCUUUCCAGACAGGUGGACAUCACAGCACAUGCUUAUCUACUGUGAGCAGGUCUGUCAAGAUCUCUUUUCUUGGAAAAAUGGAGGUUUAAAGUGUGACUGCUGUAGGGUCUGGUCAAGCUUCUGCGAAGUUAACAGAGAUACAGAGUCCUGUAAAAAUAUCUUUUUGACUAUGGUGUGGAUUUUUGCUAUGUAUGGGGCCAGCCUAGAUUUUGAAAGGUCUAAUAGGUCCUAAUAAUUCAAAGAUAACUUACUUCUGUUUGUAAAACAGAUGGCUUGACAAAAAUGAGGAUGAUGGUCAGAUUGUCCGAGAAUUAGUGCCAGCUGGGGAGUCACCAAUGCUAAAAAAUGUCAGUUAUCACAUCAGCGUGAAGACAGGCGAUAUCCCAGGUGCCAGCUCAGACUCCAAAGUUUUCAUCAAACUCUAUGGUGAAAAAGCAGACUCCAGCAAAGAGCCUCUCUUAGUCUCUGAUAACGAUCUAGGCAAUUAUUUUGAACGUGGUCGAGUGGAUGAGUUUACUCUAGACACGAUGGAUAUUGGAAAGAUCAACCGAAUCCUGAUUGGACACGAUAACGUGGGUCUCCGGUCUGGCUGGUUCCUGGCCAGUGUCCAGAUCACGGUUCCAGUCCAGGGAAGGCAGUACAUGUUCCCCUGCAAUCGAUGGCUCGACAAAGAUGAGGCUGAUGGCAGGGUUGAGGUGGAGCUCUACCCAAGUGAGAUUGUCCCUAUUGAGAAAUUGAUAAACUACGAGGUGUCUGUGGUUACUGGAGACAUGCGGGCCGCAGGCACCAAUGCCAAAGUCUUCAUGCAGAUUUAUGGUGAGACUGGCAAAACUGAGCUGAUCAUCUUAGAAAACAGAUCAAACAACUUUGAACGGGGAGCCACAGAUAUCUUCAAGAGAGAGGCUGCAGAUGUUGGCAAGAUUUAUAAGAUCCGGAUAGGCCAUGAUGGGAAAGGCAUCGGGGAUGGCUGGUUCCUGGAAAGCGUCACGCUGAAGCGGCUUACCACAAAAAUGAAGGAUUCUGAUAAAAAGAAGAAAAAAAAGAAGAAGUCUGAUGAGGAGGAAGAAGAGGAGACCAAGGUGGAAGAAGUAAUGGAAGUCUAUACAUUUGUAGCACACCGCUGGUUGGCUAAAGAUGAAGGAGAUAAGGAGCUUGUGGUGGAGCUGGUGCCUGAUGAGGAGUCUUCCCUGGAGGAGAAUACUUAUGAAGUCCGUGUGCUCACUGGGAAUAUGUGGGGGGCUGGGACGGAUGCUAAUGUCUUCUUGAGCAUCUAUGGCAUAGGAAGAGGAGACACGGGUGAGCGCCAGCUGAAAAGGUCGAAUAAUCUCAACAAGUUUGAAAAGGGCCAGGUGGAUGUGUUCACCAUCAAAGCCAUUGACCUGGGUGAGCUGAAGAAGCUGCGGAUCCGCCAUGAUAACUCUGGUGCUAGCCCAAGCUGGUUCCUGGAGAGGGUAGAGAUUGUUGACCUCAAGGAGAGCACCACGUAUUAUUUUCCAUGCCAGCGGUGGUUAGCAGUUGAGGAAGAUGACGGUCAGAUUGUCAGGGAGCUGGUCCCAGUGGAUGAAGCAUUUGUAAAGAAAGAUUCGGAAAAUGAUGGCCAGUCUCUUGCAACGCUGGGCCUGGAACAGAAAGCUAAAUCAACAACAUACACCGUGAAAGUGAAAACAGGGGACAAGAAGAAUGCUGGGACAGAUGCCAACGUCUUCAUCACCCUCUAUGGAAGCAAAGAUGAUACAGGGAUAGUCAGCCUAAAGGCCUCAAAGAUUAACAAGAACAAAUUUGAGCGUGGGAAGGUAGAUGAGUUUACAGUGGAGUCUGUGGACAUUGGAAACCUGAAAAAAAUCAAGAUAGGCCAUGACAAUAAAGGUAAUUCAACUGGUUGGUUUCUGGAAUGGGUGGAGAUCGAUGCCCCAUCACUGGGACAGUGCCUCAAGUUCCCUUGUGGCCGUUGGCUGGAUAAAUCGGAGGAUGAUGGAGCCAUUGAGAGAAUUAUCUUCCCUGCAGAAUUGCAGACAACAGAAUAUAUUCCAUUUGUUCCUUAUGAGAUCACAGUCUACACCAGCGACAUCUUUGGAGCGGGCACAGAUGCAGAUGUCUUCAUUGUUCUCUAUGGAACCGAUGGGAUCUGCACUCGGCAGAAAUCCCUGUGCCUCAACAAGAGAGAGCAAAGGAUGUAUUUUGAAAGGAACUCAGUGAAUCAGUUCAUUGUGGAGCUGGAGGAUGUUGGUGACAUUAUUGAAAAGAUUCGCAUAGGACACAAGGGUGGAGGACUGAACUCUGGAUGGCAUUUAGACCGUGUGGCAAUUCGGAGACUGUUGCCAAAUGGAAAGGGCUCAGAAACUGUCACAUUUCCAUGUGAAAGAUGGCUUGCAAAAUCUGAAGACGAUGGUGAGAUUAUCAGAGAACUGGUACCAUCUGAUAUUUUUACUGAAAAACUCAUGAAGGAUGGGACACUCAAGCAGAUAGAGGAAGAAGUUGAAGACCCAUUAGAAGUUCACACAUACAAGAUUAACGUGUUCACUGGAGAUAUGUACGGUGCUGGGACAGACGCUAAUGUUUUCCUAAAUAUCUAUGGAGAUCUGGGGGACACAGGAGAGAGAAAACUCAGCAAAUCUGAAACAAACUUCAACAAGUUUGAAAGAGGGCAGGAGGAUACGUUUACUAUACAGGCUGUGGACCUUGGCAUUUUGUACAAGAUCAAGAUUCGUCAUGACAAUAGCAUGUUCAGUCCUGACUGGUUCCUAGAAAAAGUAGAGAUCCUGGAUGAGACCACAGAGGAGUCAUUCAUUUUCCUGUGUGAGCGCUGGCUGUCUAAAAAGAAAGAAGACAAAAAGAUAGAGCGUACACUUUAUGAACAGAGCUAUGACGGUGAGCGAAACAGCCUGGAUGGUUCAUCCUUCAGCCUGUCAAGUCAGGAUAGCAAUGCAAACCUGAAGGAGACGAAAAAAUCCAGCUUGGUCAAGGCAGCAGAAGAAGGUUCACGUGAAACCUUCAGGUUUUUCCCUUACGACAUGUACCUGCGUCACAGUGGCUGUUGGGUUGGGAGGGGAGUGGGAUAUGGGGAGCUGAGCAAGACAACAGAGAAGUCUCUCAGCUCUCAGAAAACAAGUUUCAACUGGGAGUGCUCAGACCCCUGUGCUGGAAGGUGGGGGGGCGGGGAGCAGAAUGAAACCCCCAUAAUCCAGGAGGAAAUGGUUGGUGACCUGCUACACCGCUUAAACACACACAAGUCUAUGGGACCAGGUGGGAUCCACCCAAGGGUACUGAGGGAGCUGGCAGAAGCACUCACCAAGGCCCUUUCAAUCCUUUAUCAGCAGUCCUGGCUAACCAGGGAGGCCCCUGUUGACUGGAGGGUAGCAAAUGUGAUGCCCACCUACAAGAAGGGCAGGAAGGAGGAUCUGGGGGACUACAUGCCAGUCAGCCUGACCUCAGUGCCAGGGAAGGUCAUGGAGCAGACCAUCCUGUGUGCCAUCACACAGCAUGGACAGGACAACGAGGACAUCAGGCACAGGCGGAAUGGGUUUAGGAAAGGCAGAUCCUCCAUGACUACCCUCAUCUCUUUCUGUGACAAGUAUUCUCCUGGAGAAACUGGCAGUUCCUGCCUUGGACGGGUGGACCCUUUGCUGGGUAAAAAUCUGGCUGGAUGCCCAAGCCCGGAGAUUGUGGUGAACGGAGCCAAAUCCAGUCGGCGGCUGGUCACAAUGAUCCCGUACCACAUCACCAUCACGACAGGCACAGAAUAUGACUCCAGCACCGACAGCCGAGUGUACAUAAUCAUCAUGGGUCCUCAGAAAGUGCAGACAGAGAGGCUGUGGCUGGAUCUCCCAGAAGGAAAAGACGAGUUUGCAGAUGGCUCUGUAGAGAAAUUCUCUGUUUGGGGUCUAGAUGUUGGAGAGAUCAAAAAAGUGGAGGUAGGUCAUGAUGGGGCUACCCCUGAGAGCUGCUGGCUGGUGGAAGAGCUCACCAUUGUCGUGCCCACCAAAGGCGUCAUGUAUAACUUUGUCUGUAAGUGCUGGCUGGCCAGAGACAAGGGUGAUGGACUCACCUCACGAAUCCUCAAUAUCCUGGAUGCAGACUGUAUUAACAUUGGCCUCAAGAUCCUCUAUGAAGUCACAGUUGUGACUGGAGACAUUGAAAGCGGUGGUACUGAUACCAAUAUUUUCAUGACUGUCUUUGGAUCCAAUGGGAACACUGAGGAGAUGCAGCUGGAAAAAAAUGGAGACAGGUUUGAGCGAGGCCAAGAGGACAGUUUCAUUAUGGAGAUCGCCGAUAUCGCACCCCUCAGGAAGAUGAGGAUCCGGACUGACGGGAAGGGGACUCGCCCGCACUGGUUCCUGGAAAGGAUCAUUCUGAGGAACCUGACUAAUCAAGAGGUGGCCACAUUUACCUAUGGUGAAUGGCUGUCAAAGCUGAAAAGUGCCAAGGGAAGUCUUGUGUGUGAGAUGCCAGCUGUGAUAAAUGAUGAGCAGAUGAUGGAGGACACGACAUACACUCUUCAGGUUAAAACCAGUGAUGUUGGAGGAGCAGGCACCGAUGCCAACGUGUGGUUGAUCCUGUUUGGGGAGAACGGGGACAGUGGGACCCUUGCUCUGAAGGAGUCCAACAAGUCUAACAAGUUUGAGAGGAACCAGAUGGACGAAUUCAACUUCUCAGACAUGCUGAGCCUGGGAGAUCUCUGCAAAGUCCGGAUCUGGCACGACAACAAAGGAAUCGCACCAGGAUGGCACUUGGAAUAUAUUGAUGUGAAGGACUCUGCUAUGGACAAGACAUUUCGCUUCCAGUGUGAUCGCUGGCUGGCUAAAGGUGAAGACGAUGGGCAGCUCAUAAGGGAACUGGCUUGUGCCAAUAAUGACAUCCUGGAACUGAAGGAACGGACCACCUAUGAGAUUGUCACAGUAACAAGUGACAGAGAGGAUGCAGAAACAAAGGAAAACAUCUGGAUCAUCUUAGAAGGAAAGCUGGGCCGCUCGAAAGAAUUCCUUAUGGAAAACUCUUCCAAGAAAAGGAGAUUUGAAAGGGGAGCAACAGACACAUUCCAGUUUUCUUCAAAGAAUGUUGGUGAUAUUGCAGCCAUCUGUGUUGGUCACUGCCCAAAAGAUGGGAAGAAGUCAUCUGCAAAAGCUGAUGUCUUCUGGCAUGUCCAAGAGAUUAUUGUAACGGAGAUGGAGCUUUGCAACAAAUACUUUUUCAGGUGCAAUGUGAAAAUCCCUCUGCGUUACAAGAGAAGGGACUACAAAGUCUUUGAGUGUGCCAAGGUCACCGAAAGCUUUGCCAGCAAAGCCCGGAGCUUGGUGCCAGUCAAAUACGAAACCAUCGUGGUCACAGGCUUUGAAAAGGGUUCAGGGACCGACGCCAAUGUGUUCAUCACCAUCUUUGGGUUGAACGGGGACUCGGGAAAGCGGGCGCUGAAGCAGAAAUUCAGGAACCUCUUUGAGCGGGGCAAAACCAACAGGUUUUACCUGGAAACACUGGACAUGGGGGAACUAAAAAAAGUCCGGAUUGAGCAUGAUAACAGCGGUCUGGCACCGGGCUGGCUGGUGGAGCGGGUGGAGAUCACCAACUCAGCGACUGGUGUGACCACCAUAUUUCCCUGUGGGAAGUGGCUGGAUGAAAACCGGGGUGAUGGGUUAAUCUGGAGGGAGCUUUUUCCUAGGUACUGAGGAGAGCGGGCUGCAGGAGGGUUUUGGUUCCCUUCUGCAUGCACAUUUUUCUCAUUAUACUGGUUUAUAUUGCAUUUUACUUUUUAAAACACUGCAUUUUAUAUUGAGAGAUUUUUAGUAGCAAGAUGUGUUUCCUGGGUUAACAUUUUGUAAAAGUAAUACUGCUUUUUUAA